UCCUACAAAGUUAAAACCCCUCUGUAUACACACACCACUAUGUCUAUAAACACUUGUUCAUCUUUAACAUCUCUUCAUCCUUCCGAAAUUAUGACCACAUGUCAUGUUGUAUUGUUCCCUUUCGUGGCUUACGGCCAUAUGAUUCCGAUGGCAGACAUGGCCGUACUCUUUGCCUCUCGUGGCCUGCGAACCACCAUUGUCACCACCUCAUCAACCGCUCAUCGGCUCUCCAAAACAAUCCAGAAAACUAUCAACUACACUCACCAAAUCGCGCUUCAUACCAUCGAAUUCAAAGCUGGAGAAGGGAGUGCACCCCCGGUGAUCCAUAACCCGGAUCAAAUUAUUAAUAAUGAACACCUAUCCAGAUUGUCGGAAGCCAUUGCAACGCUUCAAGAGCCAUUUGAGCAAUUCAUUGAAAAAUCCCAACCGAAUUGCAUUGUGUCUGACAUGUUCUUUCCAUGGACAGUUGAAACCGCAGCCAAAUUUAACAUCCCACGAAUCGUGUUCAAUGGAACCGGGUUCUUCUCGUUGUGUGUUUCAGACGCGAUUCAACUUUACCCGCCUACUGUCUCAUCCGAUUCAGAACCAUUUGUCAUCCCUAAUCUUCCUCAUGCGAUCAAGUUUACCAGAAAACAAUUACCUCAAAUUGAUGAAGAAUUAAAAGUGUUCUGGAAGGUGAUCAUACAAGCUGCAGAAGCAGAAGCAAAGAGUUAUGGAGUUAUCGUUAACAGUUUUUACGAGCUUGAGCCGGAGUAUGUUCGCCAUUAUCGUGAAGUCAUGAAGAGGAAAGCAUGGCACGUAGGACCCGUUUCGUUAUUUAGCAAGAACAUGGAAGAUAAGUUUGAAAGAGGAAAGAAAUCCGCAAUCGAUGAACAAGAAUGUUUAAAAUGGUUGGAAUUAAAGCCAGCCGGUUCAGUUAUUUACGUAAGUUUUGGUACCAUAGUGAAAAUUCCAACCUCUCAAGUUUAUGAGAUCGCUAUGGCGCUAGAAGCCUGCGAUGUAAACUUCAUUUGGGUUAUCAGAAAUGCUCAAGAAACGUUGCCGGAAGGAUUUGAGGCGAGGAUGAACGCGAAAGGGUUGAUAAUAAAGGGGUGGGCACCACAAGCAUUGAUUCUUGAUCAUGAAUCAGUUGGAGGAUUUUUGACACACUGCGGGUGGAACUCAGUUUUGGAAGGUGUUUCAGGUGGGGUGGCGAUGGUGGCAUGGCCGGUCAUGGCUGAGCAGUUUAAUAAUGCGAAACUGGUGACAGAUGUUUUACAAAUUGGAGUUUCGAUUGGUGAUGUUGAGUGGAGUGCGGCUUCCACGUGCGAUGGCGUGAAGCAGGAGACGAUCGAGAGGGCGGUGGCGACGGUGAUGGGAAUGGGAAUGAAAGAAGGUGAUGCGAUGAGAAUGCGAGCUCGAGAACUCAAGGAGAAAUCAAAAACUACCGUUGAAGUAGGUGGAACAUCGUAUUCAGAUCUGACAACGUUUAUUGAAGACAUAAAUGCAUUUAGAGACAUGAAUUGAUUAGCUCUAAAGAAGGCUCACUAGUGUAAACAGGUUUAUCUAUAUC